UUAUGAUACGAAAUGAUGAAAUACCCCCUUCAUAUUUCUCAUGUCUUUCUUCUGUAUCCAGUCUACUUCCAAUUUUAUUAUUACUGCUUGAACGGCCUGCUUACUUAGGAAAGGCUAGAAUGUCUGUUUUGCAAUGUCUAAUAGAAGGUUUUCUUGUCCCGACAGUGGAGAUUAAAGUGAAAAUGGACUGUGAAGGGUGUGAGACAAAGGUGAGAAACUCAGUGACAGGGAUGAAAGGAGUGAUCCAAGUAGAAGUGGACCGCAAACUACAGAAACUGACGGUGACCGGAUACGUGGACCCGGACGAGGUCUUGCACCGUGUGAGGUAUAGAACGGGAAAGAAAGCUGAGUUCUGGCCGUAUGUGCCGGCUGAGGUAGUCCCUCUCCCAUACUCCGCUGGAGUGUAUGAUAAGAAAGCCCCACCUGGGUACGUCCGAAAUCCGCUUCAGCUCGAGGACCCACCGGCCUCCAGUUCUUUCGAGGUGAAGACCACUACAGCUUUCAGUGAUGAUAAUCCAAAUGCUUGUGUGAUAAUGUGAUUAAUUGCAUGUUGUGAUAUAGUCAAUCUGGGCUGUGAUCGACGAGUAGUGUUGUGUGGUGUGUGUGAAAUAGGUGUAAAAUUUUCAUGGAAGAGUUUAUGUUACCGUUAACCCUACCAAAAUUUCUUUUUGAAAAAUUACCUUCCCUUCUUAUUUUUCAAGGUUGCCAAUUGUGAAUUGUGUUUAAUUGAUAAAAUUUGAGGAUAAGGUUGUCUAAUUGAUGAUUUUUCUGUAGUGCCGGGGCAUUUUUUCUUUUAAUAAAAUAAAAUAUAUUUUAUUUUUCAAA